AUGCUGCGCACCGAUCGGCACCGCUUCCACUUUGACCACUUCAUCGCCCACACGGUCAAUAUUUACUUCCCCCUCCAGCCGGCCACGACCCUCGAGUUCGUCAUCCCCGUGGCGGAGACGCACGACUACAUGCUCGGCGCUCUCCUCGUCGCAAGCUACAGCCACUACUACCGCCUCGCGGGCAACGAAAUCUCGCGUACCUCCUCUAUAACGGCGACCGUCGAAACGCUGGCAGGUCUCCGAAGCGCCAUGACAAAGGGCGGCGAAAGCGUGGCCUUCCUCCCGACAGCGCUCCUCUUAGCGACGACGUGUCUCUGCGCCGGCGACACGGAAACGUAUCGCAAGCACCUCGACGGCGCUAUCCUCAUCGUACGACAAGACGGGCGGCGACACAGGUCCAACCCGCUGUGGGCGUUUAGUCUCAGGUGGCUUGUCCACCUGCUCCUGAUGAACAGAGUCUCUGGGCAGCCCCUGACGCACCAGCAAGAGACCUACGGACUGGACUGGGGCCUGCUGCUCCAGAGCAUGCCUGCCUCGAGCCACGUCGACGAAUCCACCGGUCUCUCGUACCAUCUCGUCUCGAUCCUGAACGAAGUCUGCGACCUGUCCGAGAUGGACCUCCCAGUGCCGGCGCAACCCUCAUCCCCUUCAGCCUGUCCGCUGACCGAAACGGCGGCAACCUGUCCCUUCGUAUCCAUGUCAGCUGCCGAUGCCCCUUCCUCUCUGGAAACGCGUCUAGCAGGCGUCCGAUCCAGCGCGCUUCCGGCCGUCCAGGCCACCACCGUCCAGGCGCAGACAGAACUGCGCAGCACGCACGCUCUGUUUGCAGACGCGACCCUUCUAGGCCUCUACCGCCGCGUGCACGCCCUCCCCAAGCAUCACCCCAAAGUCCAGUCGACGGUCGACCGCAUGAUCUCCUCCCUCUGCGCUAUGGAAAAACAUUCCCAGGCGAAUAUUCCGCUCCUCUGGCCCUUGCUCGCAGCAGGGUGGGGGAGACUCCAAGUGGAAUGA